AAGCCGCAGCAGACCAAACACUGAAGGAGAGUAAACAUGCCGAGGUCUUUCCUGGUGAAGAGUAAACGGGCCCACAGCUACCACCAGCCUCGGUACCUGGAUGAUGACUACAACAGGCUGGAUACGAUUCUGGCACACGUGUGCGCAGAAACCAAAUCUCAGGCGGAGCUUGAGUCGAGCUUGGAGCCGCAGGAGGAUGUGAGCGGCGGCGCAGACAGGCUGCCCGCCGGGGCCAGGCUGCUGUCCCCGAGGUCGCUGUCCUCCAGCUCCCCGCUGAGCUGCGGAGGCAGUGUGUGUGACCGAUCCUCCGACUGUCAUUACUGGCGUCCCCCGUCCCCGUCCUCCUCACCAGAUUCAGAUAAAUGCUGCACUCCAGCUGAGGACGGGAACCCCUUCGACUCCCCUGUCUUUCCUUACUCCUGGACGGCGUACUCGGGCUCGGAGCUGAGGCAUCUGGUCCAGGGGCCAUAUCAUCGCCAUAGAGAGCUUCACUCACCGGGUGGCCUCUACGGUGAGGACAGCGGCGCAGAGCCUCUUUACGCACAGCGGGGCCCGGUGUCCGAAUGCUAUCAGGAUUUUUCUUCAACGGCCCACCAGAUGUGCAGGAUGCGGGAUGGGGACGAGCUGGAUGUAAAGCAGAAGCCACGCGUCGCGGAAAUCAAGUCUGAAAAUGAUUUUGUGUGCUCUAGUGGAUCCUUUAAAUGCAUGAAAUGCUGCAAGUCGUUCUCCACGCCCCACGGGUUAGAGGUGCACGUGCGGCGGUCACACAGCGGCACGCGGCCGUUUGAGUGCGCGAUCUGCGGGAAAACCUUCGGACACGCAGUGAGCCUGGAUCAGCACAGGGCGGUUCACUCUCAGGAGAGGAGCUUCAGCUGUAAAAUCUGCGGGAAAAGCUUCAAGCGCUCCUCCACGCUGUCCACGCACCUGCUCAUCCACUCUGACACGCGGCCUUAUCCGUGCCAGUACUGCGGGAAGAGGUUCCACCAAAAGUCAGACAUGAAGAAACACACAUUCAUCCACACAGGUGAGAAGCCGCACAAGUGUCAGGUGUGCGGGAAGGCCUUCAGUCAGAGCUCCAACCUCAUCACGCACAGCAGGAAGCACACCGGCUUCAAGCCGUUCGGCUGCGACCUGUGCGGGAAGGGUUUCCAGAGGAAGGUGGACCUGCGGAGGCACAAGGAGACGCAGCACGGACUCAAAUGAGCAGGCUGCCAUGCUUCAGCACUUACUGAACUCUGACUAUUUAUAUGGUCUUGUUUUAUUGUUAUUCUAUUGUUUGUUGCAUUGGCCUGUAUAAUGUUGAAUGUAGUUAAUUAUUUAGCCUGAGAUAUUCUUGUUGAUUUCAUGGAAAUAAACGUUUAUUUAUCAAGUGUGCUUUUACAUUUGAAUUCAAAUGUACAACAUUUUAGGCUGUACAAAUUGUUUCAAGAGGAGAAUGC